AUGGCCACUUGCACCCUCCCUACCAAAUACUUGCUAUCACCGGUCUCUAAGCCUUUCACCCGGAGGCCAGGGUGGCUUCAGGAAGGCGGCGCCACACCAGGUAGCAACAGGGGGGUUGUGUCUGGCGCACGAGGUACCGGCGAAGGGACCACGGACCCGGGCUGCUUUCGGGACGAAGCUCUCAGCCUCCGGGAAACAGCCGACCCCCCUGAGGUGUGGUUUGCCGUCUCUGAACGACCCUCUCUCUUUCAGAGGCCGUAUGUUUGCGAUUACGAAGGCUGCGGUAAAGGUUUCACGAGAGAUUUCCACCGUGCUCGUCACCUUCUUACGCACACUGGGGAAAAGCCGUUCGAGUGCACAGCUGAUGGAUGCAAUCAGAAAUUUGGAACAAAAUCAAACUUAAAGAAGCACAUUGAGCGCAAGCAUGAAAAUCAGCAAAAGCAAUAUGUGUGCGACUUUGAAGGCUGUAACAAGUCUUUCAGGAAACAUCAACAACUUAAAGUUCAUCAAUGUCACCACACCAAUGAACCUCCCUUCAAAUGUAAUAAUGAAGGAUGUGGAAAGUACUUUUCUACUCCAAGUCGACUGAAGCGGCAUGAGAAGAUACAUGAAGGCUAUGCAUGCAAGAAAGAAAACUGCUCAUAUAGUGGAAAAACUUGGACAGAGCUUCUGAAACAUAAUAAAGAAAGUCAUACAGAGCCGAUAGUUUGCAAUGAGUGUUACAAAACUUUUAAACGGAAAGAUUACCUCAAGCAGCACCAAAAAACACAUGCUGUGGAGAGGGAAGUCUGUCGAUGCCCGAGAGAAGGAUGCGGGAGAACUUACACAACUGUAUUUAAUCUUCAAAGCCAUAUCCUCUCUUUUCAUGAGGAGAAAAAACCAUUCUCUUGUGAUUAUCCAGGCUGUGGAAGAGUGUUUGCAAUGAAGCAGAGCCUAUCAAGGCACACAGUUGUACAUGAUCCUGAAAAGAGAAAGCUGAACUUGAAAGCAAAGCGUUCUCGUCCAAAGAGGAGCUUAGCCUCUCGUCUGAGUGGCUACAUUCCUCCUAAAACCCAGCCAGGAAAGGAUGCGGCUGUGACAGAAAGCAAGACAAUGGAUAAGCCCAUGGAAAAUGAAAUACCAACUGUUGAAAUUCUAACUCUGCAGUAAAGGUUAACUGAGACAACAUUCUUCAAGGAAUGACCAGUGCAAAGCUCAACAAUAACUUUAUUAAGUUUAUAAUUUUUUUUUAAAUAAGAAAUUAAUAUUGUUUACGCCUCUUCAUAAAGUCACUGAUGCAACUCA